AUGUACUAUACGCCGUACAUACUAAACGGUUAACGUAUUAAACUUGAACUUAAGUGCUCACAUUUGAGCCUAUUACAUGUAGGUAACCUUAAAUCCAUCGGUCCAAGGUUCUAUGUAAGCCCAACCAAACAUCAUAUGUUAUGUACCUACAUAAGUUACCUACUUACCUACACAUCCUUCAACCCAAACAUCCAGUCCCAGUCUCUCUCUAUGCGACAUUUCAUAUCCGCGUAACUGGGCUUGACAUCUCCCCAACCUAUAUCGAUUUAUCGAUUCAUCCAACCAUCGGUAAUCGGCCAUCGGUCCUUUCAUACCUACCUCUAUAGACCAUGGCUUCAAAGAAGGUAUCAGUCCUCAAAUUUGUAGGGACAAUUUCGCUGGGUCUCUUAACGGGCACCUCUUUCACCAUCUCCACCCUUACCAUCCCAUCUCUCCUCGAGCUGCCAUCUGCGCCAGCCGCCGCCAAGGCCUUCCGGUCUCUCGUAUCAACUGCAUCAACACAUCUCAAUGUCCUGACCACCAUUUCGGGAUCCGCCUUCCUUUUGGCCUUCACCCUGUCUCCCCGAGGCUUCAGACACCCCUACCUGCUCUACAGCUCGCUAUUCUGCUUCGGCACCCGCCUAACUGACUAUGUAACCCCGUCCAUCUUCGGCGAGCCCACAUCCAGCUCUUCCGCCGCUGCCCAGCGAAAGGCGCUAGCACAGGCCCGCAGGGAGAAGCGCGCCGCGCGACGCAUGGAGGCCAGCUACGAGCUCCUUGGCGAUGCGCACAGCGACGAGGGCAGCGCCAGCGGUGAAGAAUUCGACGAGGACGUCAACGGCGAGGAGGUCCGCAGCGAAGUCGAGUACUUCGUCCGAAACCAGCUGAUACAGACGGCCGUCUCCGGCAUCGGUUUCGUCAUGGCCGUCAUCGGCAUCUGGGGCGACGGUUCUCUCCCCGAAGCUGUCUCGCCAACGUGGGCCGUUAACAUCUGAGAGUAUCUUAGGUGAAAAUAAAGCCUAGCCUGGAAAGAACGGACUCGAACUUGAGGAAUUCAAGCAAUUCCAUUCUUCUCGCUCGUUUAGUUGUUUUUGCGGCUGGUGGAUACCAUCAGGAACAUCUACCUAGGGGUGGAGGGAGGGGUUGAUGGAUCAUAAGUUGAGGUCGCAACGGGGAACCCUCGCACUCUAUAGAAUGGCCUCCUUUUCCUUUUUGGGAAACGACAUAAAGUGUUGUGUGUGUGUGUGUGUGUGUGUG